GUUAUCAGGUGUACCCUGUCCCUGCUUCUGUUGUUUUUCUUUCUGCUACAAUAUACUCACUAUCUUCUUUUUUAUUUUUGGGCCCGAAAAUCCAAUCGGUAAAAAAUUUACAAAGCCCUAGCCACCAUCACAAAUUAUCAAAAUUUUUUUUUCCACUCAAUUUUUUUUUUCUCUUCUCGUCAAUGGAUUCUCAAACCCUAAUAAUGAUCGGAGCUCCACAUCAGCUCUUUAACAUCUCCCGCCGCCGGUCUCAGAGCCAGCUUGUGUACACCUCGACUAUUACAAAUGGUACCUACUAUCUCCCACCAGCACAUGCACCCGGUAACUCUGUGCAUCAAGGCUUAGACAGAUGGAAAGAAAUCACCUAGUUUUUUAUCGCCGCUGGGAUUUGAACCUGAGACCUCAUGGUUAUCGUCCCACUUCAUUGACCACCAGAUCACACCUUGCAUGGGAGACAUUGAGAGUAUUUCACCAUGGUGAGGCAUUUUGUUUUUUGAUGGUUCUGUUCCAUAUCAUCGUUAUUCUGGCCAAAGGUGAACCAUGUUCAAUGAAGGGAAUGCAAAAUCAAGCAGACUAUGAUACAUUUAUGUCCUACAGAGCCAAUGACGAUUCUGAGUUCGAGGAUGACUUUACUGGUGAUUUGUCACCCGGAUUCGUUCUCGAGAAUCCCGUCCCUCGCCAAAGUCCUGAUAGCGAGUGUUCACAUACUGACUUAUUUUGCUUUCCUCCAAGAUUGCGUGGUUUUUUGUCUGAAGAGAAGAAUGCGCAAUCACAAGUCGAAGAAGUUUCUGGGGUUCAAUCCGAUGUUGCUUUCCCUGUAGGAUCAGAUGAAGAGAAUACAAAUAUUAGUAGGUCGUCUGAUUCUUGUAUUUUCAAGUUCUUGGGUGGAAGAACAAUUUCUUGCUAUCUGAGUUACCAGGAGUGUUACGGCGAAUUGCCUUGUGGUUGUAUAAGAAGGAAUAGAGAAAAUGGUGUUUCUUUUGGUGGAGGACCUUUGUCUGAUGAUAAACAUCAAAAUUUGAAACCAAAAGGGGAAGACGAGACAACCAGGUUCAAGUUUUUGGGUGGUUCUUCCCCUCAUGUAGAAAUCAAUCCCCCUGUGCUGGACUGGGGGGAGAAGUAUUUAUAUCGUCCUUCAUUAGCUUUUCUUACUGUUAAAAAUACUCGCAGGGACAGCACACUGACUAUAUUUGAACCUUAUGGAACCAAUUCUCAGUUUUACCCUUGCAAUUUCAGUGAAACGUUGUUGGCACCUGGUGAAACUGCGUCAAUUUGUUUUGUGUUUUUGCCUACAUGGUUGGGUCUCUCUUCAGCGCAAUUUGUUUUGCAGACAAGCUCUGGUGGUUUCUUUGUUCAGGCGAAGGGUUUUGCUGUUGAAUCCCCAUAUCGCAUACAGCCUUUAGUCGGUCUUGAUAUUUCCUCUGGUGGAAGGCAGAGUGAGAAUAUUUCAUUGUAUAAUCCUUACAAUGAAGCCCUCUAUGUGGAGAAGGUAACUAUUUGGACUUCUGUUUCUUCGGGAGAUAAUACCCGUUAUGCAAAGGCAAUUUGUAAUGUAAGUAGAGGUGAAGAUUCAAACAGUAGUUUCAGCUUGCUCGGUGUUAAGGAGUGGUUGGAUAUCAAGGGUAGUGAGGUUGGUAUUCCUCUAAUUGCAAUUAAACCCCAUAGAAAUUGGGAAAUUGAUCCUCAGAAAACUGAGACCAUCAUAGAAUUAGAUUUCCCUAGUCAUACUGGGGGUGAGAUAUUUGGUGCCUUUUCUCUGCAGUUGCUUAGCUCUUCCAAAGGUAAAGCUGAUACAGUUGUUAUUCCUCUCAAAGCAGAACUGGACAAGACUUCAGCUUUUAGUGAGCUCACAGAUCCACUUUCUCUGUCUUUUGAGAUAGUAGGACCAUGUGCUGCUGAUGGCACUAGUUUUGUAGCUCUGUCAGUGAGAAAUAAUUCUCCUUAUAUAUUGAGCAUUGUCAGGAUAAGUGAGACUGGAGAAAACACCAAGCAUUUUCGGAUCAGAUAUGUUGAGGGAUUGCUACUCUUUCCAAGCACUGUUACGCAGGUGGCUGUUGUCACUUACACUCCCCCAGCUGUUGAGUUGCUUGAUCCUCUGCUGCAAGCUUAUGAGAGGAGCAUGAACUGUAAAUUGCUAAUAACAACUAAUGAUUCGAGAACUUCUGACAUUGAAGUUGCUUGCUGGGAUGUAGUAAGCCUUUGUUCAGGAGGUAAAUUUGACUCUUCUAUUGGUCAUGGAGAAUACUCUGACGAGGUAGAACUUGGAAAUUCAAGAACAAUGUCUUCCAGCAGCAGCAUGCAUUCACCAUCAGAAAUCAAGGCCGUGGAUACAACAGUGGCAGAUGAGUUGGUAUUGAGGAACUGGAAAUCUCAAGCUACUGCAAAUGGCAUGUCUGUACUGGAUGAAAGUGAAAUUGUGUUUCCAGUGAUUCAGGUCGGAAGUCAUCACUCUCAAUGGAUCACAGUAAAAAACCCAAGUCAAAAACCAAUCUUGGUUCAGCUUGUUCUGAACUCCUGGGAAAUUAUUGAUGAGUGCAAGACUUCAGGAAGCCAUUUGCAGCCCUCUCUAUCCAGUAGAAUAGUUGGCAAUUAUUCUAUUGCUCCUAGGAGAUAUGGGUUUUCGCUAGCUGAGAAUGCAGUAACUGAAGCUCUUCUUCACCCUUUUGGUAGAGCAUCAUUUGGUCCCAUUUUAUUUCAACCUGCAGCUCGAUGUCAGUGGAAAAGUUCAGCUUUGGUCAGGAACAAUCUUACUGGCGUGGAGUGGUUAACUCUCAGAGGAUCUGGAGGGUUGCUUUCUUUGGUCUUGCUUGAUGAGUUUGAACCUGUACAGAACCUGGACUUCAAAUUAAACAUGCCAACCCCUCUUAAUCUCUCUUCUUCGAGUGUGUUAUAUAACAUGAAGGAUAAUUCUCAUGCGUGUUCUUUGUCAUUAUCAAAAGAGCUUCGCGCAAAGAACGUGGGUGACUUUCCCCUGGAGGUCAAAAAAAUUGAAAUCUCUGGAACAAAGUGUGGAACAGAUGGGUUUGUAAUAAAUGGUUGUAAAGGCUUUUCUCUUGAACCUGAGGAGUCUAUAAAGCUUGUUAUAUCAUAUCAUACUGAUUUUUCCGUUGCCACUAUACAGAGAGAUCUUGAACUGACUUUGGCAACUGGCAUUCUUGUUAUACCUAUGAAAGCUAGUCUUCCUAUCUGUGUGCUUCAUUUCUGCAAGAAGUCUUUGUUCUGGAUGAAGGUGAAAAAAUUGCUGUUCACAAUUCUUCUCCUAGCUUCUUUAUUCUUUCUGGUUCUUUGGUGCAUCAUACCCCAAUUCGUGGCCUUUGGCUCCCAUGAGUGCUUGCCCAAGAGUGGUAAAAGCUAUAUUGCAUCUGCAGAUCAUGCUGGAAAAUUGUCUUGCAUGCAUCCCAGUGACAAACAGAGUGGCAAGUUCGUCUUCUCUAAAUUGAACGGUUUGCUUAGAUCAAUUGGGGAAGGUGAAGCACUGUUGUUGGAAAGUUUUGGUACAUCUGAAGAUAGUCAAGCUGCCUCCGAAAAUCAAGGUGUAACUGAUCACAAUCUGAAUCAUUGUGCAGGAUAUAACUGUUUAUCAAAUACCCAAAAGGGAUUGGAAGUGUCAACUUCUACGAAGUCUAUAGCAAUUCAGAGCGCUGAUACAAAUGCAACCUCCAAAAGCAGUAAUCUCACUGUCAAAAUUGGAAAAGAGAAAGCGAGGCGGCGAAAGAAGAAAAAGAAUUCUGCAACUGCUUUGGCUGGAGUUUUUGAAGUUUCAAGUAGUCAUAGUGGCAAUUCUACACCAUCGUCACCCUUGUCUCCUACCUCAAGUUCAACACCUAGCCGGCCAUCUCCACAGUCUACUGAUGUGGAUAGAUCUGCUAAGCUCAGCAAUCCCUUUGCUGAUGUUGGUAACGAUCAAUGUAAAAAGAGUACUCACUCCGCAUUUGCAUGUCAGAAGAAUGUACCUGAGACAAAGGCGACAGUAACAUAUGGUGGCAAAAAUGCUUGUUUUCCUCGUCAAGAGAAGCCUGCUGCACCAAAGAAAUUAGCUAGCAAACCUGCUCUGUUGCCUUCAGCAACCUUCCCUUCUGCUGAUAAAUCUGCUCCUCGCUUGAUGUGUCGUCAACCACUAUUGGCUUCAAGUUCUAUAAUUGCUCCACAUCUGCGAGCUCCUGGAUCUAAACCUCAAAAUCAGGUGGCAGUUAAAACUGAUGAAAAGAUGGGGUUGGAGGAAAAGUUUAUUUAUGAUAUCUGGGGUGACCAUCUCUCCAAUCUUCCCCUUGUAGGUAGGUCAAAGGAGGUAUCGGAGAUGCCUCCGCAUGCUAUAGAGAACAGCUCCAGUAGCUUCUUUCUAAGGGGUCCACAGACCCUUAUUACCAACUACCAACAGACAACUGUAAGUUCUGACCGUGAAGGUUAAUGAAAAUUUAGUUAAAAUCUA